AUGUCUCGGAUUGCUGUGGCUCAAAGUGUUAUCAAGCGUGAUCAGCAUAUCCUGAAUGGCGCUACGCUUGAUGUCAGUCUCGAGUUCCUGGAUAAUGCUGAAAAUACAAGCAAAACCAUCCAGAUAACUGGCCUUACUGCGCAAAGCACUGAAGACUCCAUUCGCAACUACUUUGAAAAUGAGAAACGUUCUGGGGGUGGAGAGGUAGAAACUGUGACUUUUCGGCUGGAAGAAAAUGUGGCAUUCGUGACUUUCAAAGAUGUUGGUGUUGCAACGAAGGUCGUAGGUAGAACACACACUUUAAAUGGAAGAAAAGUUGAAGUUUCACACCAUUCAACCGCUGACGCUUUCCAGGCUAAGGACGGACCAGGAAAUCAGACCCGUGUUGUCUUUGUUCAAGGAAUACCCCAAAAUGCAACGGAAGACACUGUUUUGAAUUACUUUGAGAACUCGAGGCGGUCGGGAGGUGGCGCUGUAGAAGAAGUGAAAAUCAAAGGCAAUGUAGCACGUGUGCAGUUUGAGUCAUCGGAAGUGGCACAAAGUGUUGUCAAGCAAGAUCAGCAUAUCCUGAAUAGUGCUAGACUUCAUGUCAGUCUCGAAGUGCUGGAUAAUGCGGAAAAUGCAAGCAAAACUAUCCAGAUCACUGGCCUUACUGCGCAGAGUACUGAAGACUCCAUUCGCAACUACUUUGAAAAUGAGAGGCGUUCAGGGGGUGGGGAGGUAGAAGGUGUGACUUUUCGAUCGGACAAAAAUGUGGCAUUCGUGACUUUCAAAGAUUUUGAAGCUGCAAAAGGUGUGUUACUUCGCGGCAAGCACUUCCUUGAAGGAGCCAUACUGCUUGUCAAACCCAGCAGCACAGCAACUGACUUGCUCAACACAGCAGGAAUACAAGAAUCACGAACAAUAGAGGUUACGGGACUUGCUGCACAAACAACUAAAGAUGCAAUUUUGAAAUUCUUCGAAGACCAAAGGCACUCUGGGGGAGGAGAGAUAAAAGACAUUGUUUAUACUCCCGACCGAGGGAUCGCUGUCAUUACUUUUACAUCGGCUGGAACAACGAAAAGUAUCCUGAGACAAAGCAAACAUUCCCUUGACGGAGCCACACUGAAUGUUAUAGCGCGUACCCCUGAAGUUGAGCUACCAAACGAUGAAGUAUCUCAAGAAUCUCGCAUCAUUGAGGUGACUGGAAUAGGUGCUCGUGGUGUCAUCAGUAGAGGAAGUCUAACUUAUGAUGGAGCGAAUCUGACCAUUACUCUCAAACAACCUCCACAGAAACUGCCUAUUGACACUAAAAGGCUUUUAGUGAAAGGCCUCGGUGACAAAACUGCCAAAGACACUUUUCAGUUUUACAUGGAAGCAGUAAGUGGAGUAGAAGUCCUGAAAGUCGAGUUUGGAGGUGAAGCAUGUGCGAUAGUCACCUUCAAUGAAGCCUAUGAUUAUCACGCUGUUACAAAGAAGAUCACCAUGAAGCCUUUGGAGGGAAAAACCCUGGUAGUAGAACAACUUCCAGUUUGUAAAUGCGUACAAGUAUCAGGUUUCAACAAGAACACAACUACUGAGGAUGCUAUACGCUAUUACUUCGAGAGUCCAAAGAACAACGGUGGUGAUGUAAGCAGUGUAGAGCUCAAUGUAAAAGAGGGAUGGGCGUUGGUUCACUUCGAAGACCCAAAAGUUGUUUCCAAAGUUGUGGCGAAGACUCACUCCCUUAGCGGUGCAAAGUUGGAUGUCAGUUAUCAUUGCUCAUUGCUUGGGAAACCUCACCCUGUUGAAGAUGAUGUUGAAUUGAUGCAAAAUAUCAACGUGGAUGGAAUGAAAAUGCGGUUCAUUUUGGAACACUGCAAAGCUGAUUUGACAGAGGUUCAGAACAGCUACAAUGUUGAGAUAACCUGGCAUGAGGACAUCAACAGCGUCACAGUCGCGCCCAAAGAUGAGGCCUCAAGAGACAAGUACAGAUUCGAUAAGGCAUGUGAGGCUAUUGCUUCUUUCCUUGCUGAGUUUGUUGAAAGCUUCACGCAUGUCCCUCCUGAGGCUUGGAAUGAUGUAGUCGACAACUUCAAGAAAAGUCAAAGCCCAGCACAGAAAAAAGUAAGAGUGGAUUGUAUCCCUGAGCAGCACGUCUUCCUUUUUAUCGGGAAGAAGCAAGACGUCGAGGUUGCUGCUGAAGAAUUGAAAGGAAUAAUAAUUGUAACUGAUAAAAAGCUUAAGACAGAGGCAUCAAAAAUAGAGUGUACAGUCAAAAUUCCAUAUAAGAGCUUGCAGUUCUUGAAACAUCUCGAAUUUUUUCAGGAACUGGAAAGUCGACAUGAAGAAAUCGAAGUCACUAUUCUCCUUGAAAAGGAAAAGCUUCAAAUUCGAGGUCCUCCUGAAACUGUCCAUAAGGUAAAAGCAGCCAUUUGGGAGGCAGUUGCUAAAAUGACAGAAGUGAAGCUGAACCUGCCACAGAAUGCUCUCGGCUUGUUUAGUCAAACUCUCUGUCAAUCAUUCAUGGGAGAUAUAUUCACGGCCAGAAAUUUACAAGCCAUGAUAACCUUUGACGAAAGAAACAAAAAUUUAGUUGUGCUGGGGAUGGAAACUGAUGUUGCAGAGAAAGCUCACGAUCUCGUGAAAACUUUGAUAGUUGAAGAAUGCGUUGACCUGGACGAAGAUCAAGUUCACUUAGAGAAAAGCAGAAAGUGGCAUCAGCUGAAAGAAGAGAUAGCAGAAAAACACAUUUUAAAACUUUCAUUUGAUAGAGACAAUAAGAAGAUAAGCCUCGUAGGGGUAAAAAAGGAUGUUUCGGUUGCUGUCGAGGCUGUUAAGCUUUUCCUCGCAGAAAAUGCCAUUAUCAGUACAGCUGUGACCCUUCCAAAGGGUUGUCGCCGAUUUCUUGUUAAGUACCGCGAACCGGAACUGCGGCAAAUACAAGAGGAUUUGAAAGAAUAUUCCACGCGAAUAAAGAGUUUGGCAGAUGAAGAUAAAGAAGAUCUGGUUGUCUCCGGCACGACCUGUGGAGUUGACAAAGCUUUGGAGCUGAUUCAAGAUCUUGCAUCUAAAGUUCAAAGUCAACAGAUGCCAGUCAGCAAACCUGGGAUGCAUAGGGUGCUUAAUCGAAACAAAGGAAAAAAAUUACUGGGCAUGUUGGAGAAUGAAAAUAAUUGUGUAAUCGAAUACUUCAUACCAAACAAAGAGGGCGCAAAGGAAGUGACAGAAGAAAAGAAAGUAGAAAACAAGAAGAGUUUCUACGACCUGAUUACUCCGGACGGAAAAAGGAUUCUGGUGUUCAAAGAUAACAUCUACGAUCGCAACGUGGAUGUUGUUGUGAAUGAUGCUAACUCAAAGCUUCAGCACUUAGGUGGUGUCUCAAAAGCCAUAUAUGAGAGAGCAGGAGAGGCCUUCAAGGCAGAGUGUGAUCGGUUUGUCAUUGAUGCGGGACUAAUAUUGGAAGGCCAAGUGGCUGUCACGUCUGCAGGAAAACUACCUUUUCAAAAAGUAAUUCAUGCUGUGGGGCCAAAAUGGGGGGAAAAAGCAACCCUGGAAAAAUCAAUGGGGAAAAAUCCGAGAGAGGAGAAGAUUUUAAGCCACGCAGUAACGAAUGCCCUAAACGCUGCGAAGGACUAUAAAUCGGUUGCCAUUCCUGCCAUUAGCACAAGCAUCUCUGAAUUUCCACUUGAACUGUGCGCCCAAAUCAUGGUAGAGUCUAUGCUGGAUUUUUUCCGAAAAAACCCGAAUUGUCUUCUGUCCGAGAUUCAGUUUACUAGUAUCGAUGGUAGUGUCGUGAAGGCCUUUGCAAAAGAGUUGGAUUCCAGAUGUCUUAACGAUCCUAAUUAUCAAUCGUCUUCAGACCCAAAAAGGAAGGGAAAAGAAAGAAAGAAAAAAGGCAGAACCACAUCAGUUCCACAUACGUCCUCGGCAACAGUUUCUUCCAAUACUGCUCGGAAUGCUAUCAUGACAGCGGAAGGCUUACAGUUGGUUCUUGUCAUUGGCGAUAUGUCUUCUGAAGUGGUUGAUGUUGUCGUCAACUCAACGUCGCGGGACCUGAAUCUUGAUGCGAACGCAAGUGCUAAGGCCCUGAGUGCCGCUGCUGGCCCCAAGCUGCAAGAAGAGUGUAAAAAGAUUGGCCAGGUAAAGACCGGAGAGAUUGUGGUUACAAGCGGAGCAAAUCUAGCGUGUAAGCACGUUUUCCACACUUCAUGCGCCGGAUGGGAGAACGGAGCGGGCGAAAAGGUACUGCGGGGUAUCAUAAGGAAAUGUCUCGAAGAAGCACAAAAAAAGAGUUUUUCGACUAUUUCUAUCCCCGCAAUUGGGACUGGGAACCUCGGCUUUCCCCACGAUCGCGUGGCUGCAGCUUCCUUUAAAGAAGUUUUAUCCUUUAGUGAGAAAAAUCCAAGCAGCACUUUGAAGGAAGUCCAUUUGGUCGUUUAUAAUAAAGAUUUGCAAUCAGUGCAAGCCUUCCAGACCGAACUACAAAAAAGAAGUCCAAGAGAUGUAAAGAAGAAACGUCGGGGACUGCGCAGUGGUCGCAAUAAGAGAUCAGAAAUAGAUACCCCCGAUGAUGUAGAUGUUAUCUCGGAUGAAGAGCCUAUAAUAUUAGAUCCCUUACAACCUGAAAUAACUAUUGGCAAUGUAGUCGUUCAAGCUGAGACUGGUAACAUCACAAAAGAAGUAACCGAUGCAAUCUCGACCUUGUCUAACAGCGAGCUCGAUGUCGCACAGGGUGGUGUAGGAAAGGCUAUCCUAGCUGCUGGAGGACUAAGUAUUCAAGCAGAAUGCUUAGCUAUGGGGUCACAGAAGCCAGGCACUGUGGUGGCUUCUAGAGCCGGAAAGCUACAAGUAAGAAAAAUUUACCACAUGGUUUCGGACCCGCACAGGAGCAUGCGUUCCAUAAGUAACUGCAUCUUGAAGAGUUUGCGAAAGGCAGAGUCGGAUGGAUUGACCUCGAUUUCAUUCCCGGCUGUUGGAACAGGGAACAUUGGCAAAGACGCCAAACAGGCUGCAGAGGGGAUGAUGGCCGCUAUUUUCAAGUUUGCUCAAGAGGAACCUGUAUCCAUUGCUCUUGUUCGUAUAGUGAUAUAUCAGCCCCUAAUGUUAAGUGUGUUCCAGACUGCAAUGGAGGCGAGCUUGACCUCAGAAAAAGGUGGAACAUGUUUUCUCUCAAAGCUUGCUGGAUUGUUUGGAUUUGGACGAAGUGGCUCAGAGUCUUCUCCUUCUAUGCCAUCGAUGCACAUGUUUCGCGGAAGAGUAAAGCGUUUCAGCCACAUAGAAAUUUUUGCAAGCACCGAGCAAGACAUCAACGCAGUCAUCAUGAAAAUAGAAAAGGAUGUGGCUGAUCACUGCAAGCUGAAAGUAAUUGAGCGUGAAGCAAUAUGUAACCUUUCAAAGGAGCAAACACAACAAAUAAAGAAAUUGGAAGCUGAAUACGACGUCAUUGUGAACCUUGAGCAGACCAUAGGUCGCAUAUCUGUAAGAGGUGAUGCAGAAGAUGUUGUUGAUGUAGCCUCCGCAAUUUACGAAAUACUGAACCAGAAGAUCGAAGAAGAGCGUGCAAGAGGUGUUGGUGAGCUCCUUUCUAAAAAUGUACAAUGGUUUUACUAUGACAGCGAUGAUGAUGAAACCGCCGAGCCCUAUGAUCCCAGCAUUAAUUUGCAGAUUGAAGAGGCCUUUGGCAAGGGCAAAGACUCUGUUAUUGUAUUGAUAGAUGAAGCAAAAUGCAAAAUUGUUUUCAAGGACAUGAAGGAAACCUGCCUUGACCAUGGAGAAGUGAGGAUCGUUGUUCGAAAAGAGAUUGGGAAAGGUCUUCUAUUACCCUUGGAGUGGGAUGUACAUCCCAAGGAUGGCUCUGGAAAAGAGAAAGAGGUGCACCUAGUGCUAUUAGACCCUAUUGCGAGCGAGUACAAAAAGGUAGCAGACAAAUUGUGCAAGACGUCCCUCGUUACCAUAAUCAAGAUAGAAAGAGUGCAAAAUCCUUCCCUGUACCGCACGUACGUCGUCAGAAGGGAGCAGAUGGAACAUAAGAAUGGCAGCAAUGAAAAACUACUCUUCCAUGGAACAGCCGGAGACAGCUGCCCCUCCAUCAGCAAAUUCGGUUUCAACAGAAGCUACUGUGGCAAAAAUGCAAUUGCGUAUGGAAAUGGUGUUUACUUUGCUCGAGAUGCGUCCUAUUCAGCAAGAACAACCUAUUCACCACCUGAUGCGACAGGAAACCGUUACAUGUAUCUUGCACGUGUCCUUGUCGGUGAGUACACGACUGGAAGACAGGGAAUGAUAACUCCGCCUCCCAAGGGAAGUGACGCCACCGACGUUUAUGACACUGUUGUGGAUAACCCCACAGAUCCAACCAUAUUCGUUGUGUUCUAUGAUAACCAGUGUUAUCCAGAUUAUCUUAUUACUUUUAAAUGAGAGAGUAAAGUCAUUAAGAAGCUUUUGAACAACC